AUGGACAAUCUGUUGGAUGAGGACCCAUUCUUCACCACUCUCUUACAAAGUGGAGGAGAAUGUCCUAUUACCACUCCAACAUUCUCACAGCAUUCUAAUGUUGUGGUCGCUUCAACCCCCCUUCACGGUGAAAAGAGGCCUCCAACAAAAAAAGUUCAAAGAGGAGCUUCUUUCACUGUUGAGGAGGAUAAUGUACUUGUCUCUGGUUGGCUCAACAUUAGUAUUGAUGCCAUUCGAGGAACUGAUCAGAAAUCCACUCAAAUGUGGGAGAGGAUUUCUGAAUUUUAUUACGAAUAUAAAAAACCACAAACUAUGAACCGUUCGGUUGGAUCAUUGAUCAAUCGUUGGUCCAUGAUUCAGAAAUGCACAAAUAAGUUUUGUGCAUAUCUAGCUCAAGUAGAGUCAUUGCACCCGAGUGGUGCAACCGAACAAGAUAAGAAUCUUUUGAGACACCAACCCAAAUGGCAUCAACAUUUGAAUACGCUGAAUACGAGGAGAAAGCCACAUGAUAAACGUCCUUCCAAUGAGCAGUCAAGUGAAGUUUUGGGCGAUGUUGUGGAGGAGCAUGUUGAAAGGCCUGCUGGAAAAAAGGCUGAAAAGGAAAACUUGAGGAAGCGAAAGGCUCAAGAAUCAUCUGAUGCUGAGUUCAACACGGCAUUAGGAGCAAUGACCGAGGAUAGACGAUUGUUCAUGGCGGAGAGAAGAGAAUGGCAGACGAAGGUUGAUCGUGAUAGAGGUGCACAACUGGAUCUUGAUAAAAGAAAGUUUGAUGCUGAGAUGAUGGGCAAGGAUCUUUCUGGUAUGAAUGACAUGCAGCAAGCCUACUUUCGUAAAGUUCAGAAAAAAAUUUGGGAAGAGUCAAUGAGUGAUUCAGAUGGUAUAUCCGAAUGA